AUGGAGCCUGAUCGUCUCAGCAACGAAGUCUUGUCUUUCGCAAUCUCGAACGGUGCGCAAUUCAUCUAUUGGCUGUUGUAUCUCAUGAUGAUCUACAACAUCACCUUAAUCAGCCAGGAGCAAGACUGGGGCAAACUUGAUAUGGACGUGAACAGCUUCUCGCAAGAGUACCUUCUGCAGCUGCCGAUGAAGAUGCUCUUCCCGACUAUGGCGUACAGUGUGUUAAGGCGUUGGAUGCUCGGUGAAGCGCUCCAGGCUCAAGAGGCUAUCUGGCUUGAGAACGCUGACGGCCGAUAUGUCGAGCACUCCAGAUAUAACAUCACCUACACCGCACAUGCCGUCUGGACAGCGGCAUUCCUAAGUCUACUGAUGGCUGGUGUGUGUUGGUGGGCCUUCACGUACAAGCGUGAGGGGUUCGUACCACAGAUGUUCGGCAGUGGAAAGCAGUUUCGACACGCUGGGCUCGCGACGGAGCAAGGUAGGGAGAUUGUGGCGAACGUACUCUUUGCCGGUAAGGACCUUGACGCGCAAAAGGAAGAACUGGAUGAAAGAACGCUCGAGGUACCGACAUUGCAGAAAGUCGGACGGGAAACUUGACGGUCAACGGGAAACUUGACGGUCAACGGGAAACUUGAAGGGAGCUUGACCGCUGUAUCUGAGUCACGUCGUGGAGAGGGAUCCUCUUCUCCGCGAUUGCGGAAAUGGAUUCGUACAUCGGCCCACCCACCAAGAUACCGGAGUAGACUUAAGCUUAAUUAAUUGAUCUGCAACAAGUUGUGCUGCACUUUUCGAGAAGGCCCUCUAUGGCUACCGAGCGCGGCAGAUGUUGAAUGAACAGCAUUGGCAGACAAGUACACCGAUCCACAAAGCUCCUUCCUGGCGCAUUCUAUUGCGAAUCCGCAAGGGUUAAGACCUACCGCUGCUAUCUUGAGAUCAUCACAAGUCGUGCUUGAUGGCCUGCUUGGUCAUUCGGAAUACUAUAAGCACACAUGCGUGAUUCGGAGUUCAUGGUUACCAACCAAACACGGCGAUCUCAAGCGAUGGUGAUACCGGACGGCGCUCUGAGUGGUCAAUUAGAGG